UCCCAGGUCCCAGCGCGUGGCCAAUCGACAGGCAGCCAACAGUCGUGGCUUGCGGGAGAGUGGAGACGGGCGGUCCUGGUCGCAGCAGGCAGUAGCAGCCAUGGCGCAGCGCUAGGCCGGCUGCGCCUCCUGCUCCUCCUCGCCACCUCCACAGUGUUCAAGGCAACGCCGCUGCCGCCGCGGAGUUCUUCCUUCGCCUCGCCCACGCCGCCACCACCAAGCGCCACGUGGGGGAUGGCACCUGCCUCUCCUCAUCCACCACCACCACCACCACCCCCACCUCCUCCUCCUCUUGUGACGACGACGGCGGCGGCUCUCGCCCUACUCGACAGCAGCAACCAGGGCCGGAUCUGCCGUGGGAGGAAGAGAAGGACGGGGCGUCUGGAGGUCGGCUAUAGAGGCCGCGAGAAGGAGGCAGCCCAGAGGGCGCAAACGGCCAGCGACCAAGCCAGGCAACCAGCCGGCAGCCCCCAAGCCACAGGCCGCAGCCAACUGCAGCAGGCACGCCAUCGGAACCCGGCAGCAGAGCUGCACUCUGCAGAGCAAACACCAUACUGGCAGGAGCGUAGCAGGACCUUACUUGACCAGUCUGGAAAAGUAUUAGGCCUAGAUCCUAAUUCCUAGAAGGAUAGCACAUAAUUGGGCAGCCAUUUGGCGGAGCAGAGUAUACAAUGAAAGGUCAAUGCUAUGCAGCAUGAACUGAGUACACAAGCUGGGUAUUGCUUGGGGUGCGGGACUCUUCAGUAGAGAGGAACGGUCUACAUGUUUCAAUGAUGUUGUUAUUAGGGCAUCAUUCUUUGUUUUGUGAUGCUAGAGAUGGUUCAUUGGAUAGUUGAUUCUAAGGUCAGAAUACACUAAUGGUUCAGACGAUAGCACUGUGCAUGAUUUAAGUAGCAAUUACAAAAUGCUUUUCACUGACACCACCACGGCACCACAAGACUAAUAGUUACAAAUUUAGUCAUUCCUUGAUCAAGCUGACAGUAUGUUUGAUCAAUUUUUGGGUUACUUCAUUAUUGCUAAAA